ACCUCACCUCGCCCGAUCGGUUAGAGAGCUCGACGUAGCUGCAACGCCCCCCAAGCCCUCCUCUGCCGUUAAUCACCAUCCACGAUACCAGGAACGACACACGCCGAACCCAGCACGAUGAGUCUCACGUAUGGCCUGGGAGGCAUUGGGAGCACCCUCCUCGUUGUGGGAGCUUACAUGCUCUUCACGGGAUCGGGCGAGGCCUUUAACGUCGGCGAAUUCCUCGAAUCUAUCUCACCAUACGCGUGGGCGGACACGGGCAUCGCUCUGUGUAUCGGUCUUUCUGUUGUAGGCGCGGCAUGGGGCAUCUUUAUCACUGGCUCCUCCAUCCUCGGCGCGGGCGUUAAGGCGCCGCGCGUGCGAACCAAGAACCUGAUCUCCAUUAUUUUCUGUGAAGUCGUCGCCAUUUACGGCGUCAUCAUGGCUAUCGUCUUUUCCGCCCAACUCGAAAACGUCCAGGGCCAAACCCUGCACGACGGCAACAGCUACUACACUGGCUUCGCCCUCUUCUGGGCCGGUAUCACAGUCGGAAUGUGCAACCUGAUUUGCGGUGUCGCUGUCGGCAUCAACGGUAGUGGAGCCGCGUUGGCCGAUGCCGCUGACCCCACGCUGUUCGUCAAGAUUCUCGUUGUCGAGAUCUUCAGCUCCGUCCUCGGUCUUUUCGGUCUGAUCGUCGGUCUCCUUGUCUCCGGCAAGGCCAACGCCUUCGGCAAGGUAUAAACCAAACACACCAUGGCGACAGGAGAGGCUCAAAAAGGAGGAGGUUACCACAGACAGCAUAGCAAUUGUCUGCCUCGGGCACGAUGUACAGGGGAGCACUGCAUUGCACCAAGGCUACUUGGGCGGGCGUUAAUGGCAUUAAGGCAGGGCGAGGAUAUUUUGUAUUGUACACUAUCGAAGUAUUAUAGCUCCUCAUCGACAUGAUUUCUGCGCAUCA